AUGUUUUGCGACUUGGUAGUGUUUCUAUCUGUUCUCGCGUUGCAGAACUUGAGGGGGGCAAGGGCGCAGAGUGACGCGACCUGUACUGACUCCGCAUACUCAUGGUCGUUCAAUUCCCUAGAUCAAUCUCCUUGCGACAUAGGAAAAGCAUUGGGAGGUGUAUGUACCACUGACUUCACGAUCCAGGCGCUUCCAUCGGGGUACCACUAUUCGGGUAUAAGCGCCGGCUAUGCGACUGACUGUGUAUGCAAUACCGUAUACUAUUCCCUUCUGAACGUGUGCGCUGCUUGUCAGGGUGGUUCCGUCUCAGUCUGGGAUGAAUGGGACACUAAUUGCACAACAACAUACCAAACGUACCCAGAAAAUAUACCUGCGGGCACUGCAGUACCGCACUACGCCUACCUCUCCCUGCUAUCAAAUGGCACGUUCGAUUUUUCUAGCGCUAUGACCGAUAACGGAGCCGAGGCGACCCACGUCGCGUCCUUGAGCUCCUCGGCAACUGGAAGUUCUUCGGCAUCUGCCUCUAGCAGCUCUGCCCCUGCAACGAGCCAGGGAUCAAGCGGUGGUGGUUCGAGCAGUAAUACUGGUGCUAUUGUUGGAGGGGUUGUUGGGGGUGUUGUGGGCCUUGCGAUACUCGUUGGCCUUACCUUCUUCUUUGUGCGCCGUCAUCAGCGGUCUGCUGCCGCCGCGACUACUCGUCCAACUGGGGGUGAUAUCCCCCCUCCCGCGUCUGCUUUCGUGGAUCAGAACCUUACGGGGACGACAUAUGCGCCUGCAACGUAUAAUAAAGUUUAUGAUCCCAAUGACCCAUCCACUUUUCCUACUGCCCAAAACGGCAUAUCGUAUCAGCAGCUGGUCCUGGAAGGAUACCCUCAAUCCUAUGUCCCACAUCCGUCAUCGUCUCCAGAUUCGACUAUGAUCCCUAAUAGGUUCCCAGUACAGCCUAAUACCAGUCCACCACCGGCGUCUGCGUAUCGCGGUGCACCAGAGGUCUAA